AUGACUUCUGAACACGAUUUCGCUACGGAAAAUCCUCCGGUUUCUUUCCCUCAUUCCGAUGCCGACAAUAUCCCAAUUACCCCCGACGAAGAAGUUGCACCGCCUGCCAACAAGACGAUACCGGUCCUCCGACCGACCUCCGAUAAUGCCGCCGGGAUCACCCCUUCCUCCACACAUCUAGGCCAGGUCAAUGCGGCUCGACAUGGCGGCGGGGUCACCCCGCGUCCGCAGGCGUCCAUGAGCAGUGCGAACCAGGACAUCAUGGCGAAGAUGAAGGCCUUUCAACUUUCAAGACAGGGUGCACCGCCUCCCAGUUUGAACCAGGUUACCUCGACGGGGGCGAUCCCAACGGCUGCUUCUCAACAAGGCGCGACGAGCGAACCAAGCCCGUCUGGCCCAUUAGCCGGAAAUAACCCAUCAGUCAUGAACGGCCCGUUGGCAGGUGCCGUUGCAGGGCGACUCCCGCCAUCCCAGCGACCGGCCCCGAAGAAUUGGGCAUCUGCACCUUCUGUCGCUGGUGGGCCUCCUGGAACCCCGUCUCCUAAGGGUGGUCUCGCGGCGAAACGCAUGAAGCCUGGACUCAAGCUUUCAGAUGCUGGUGGGCCGAAUGGUGCGGCGCCUGGAGGCCAGUCCCCCGCCAAGGGCCCGGCUGGGGGCGGAGAGACGGCCUUUAGCAAGUAUUCGGAGUACAUCGACACGAAGUCAGGAACCCUGAGGUUCAAGAACAAGGCUGUCCUCCAUGGAGGCGGCAUUGAGUUUUCGUCUGGCCAAAGUUUCAACAUUUCAUUAGACGAAGUGGAUCGUCUGGACGAGCUGGGCAAGGGAAACUACGGGACUGUGUACAAAGUUCGACAUAGCCGCCCCCAUAUGCGGAAACCGGGACAAGGCUUGGGUGGAAUCGUUAGCCGACCCUGCGGAGAAGAAUCAGAUACAGAUGGUACUCCGACAUUGAAGGCACAAGAUUCCUUGACUGGCGCUGUUAUGGCUAUGAAGGAGAUUCGGCUGGAGUUGGACGAGAAUAAAUUUGCGCAGAUCAUCAUGGAGCUGGAUAUUCUUCACCGAUGUGUUUCGCCGUUCAUCAUCGACUUCUAUGGCGCCUUUUUCCAGGAAGGUGCUGUGUACAUCUGCGUCGAGUUCAUGGAUGGUGGCUCUAUCGACAAGCUUUAUGGUGGAGGCAUACCUGAAAACAUUCUCCGCAAAGUGGCUCUUUCUACUGUCAUGGGUUUGAGGACUCUCAAGGAUGACCAUAACAUUAUCCACAGAGACGUGAAACCCACCAACAUUCUUGUUAAUUCACGUGGCCAGAUCAAAAUCUGCGACUUUGGAGUUAGCGGAAAUCUGGUCGCCAGUAUUGCAAAGACGAACAUUGGUUGCCAAAGUUACAUGGCGCCUGAGCGUAUUGCAGGAGGUGGAAUGCAACAAUCAGGGAACUCCAGUGGAGGAACUUAUAGUGUCCAAAGUGACAUCUGGAGUUUGGGAUUAUCUAUCAUUGAAUGUGCCAUCGGCCGGUACCCGUACCCCCCGGAAACCUUUAACAACAUUUUUAGCCAGCUGCAUGCUAUUGUACAUGGCGAUGCCCCUGGUCUUCCGGAAUCCGAAUACUCUGACGACGCACACUCCUUCGUCAACGCCUGCCUCGAUAAAAACCCUCAAAACCGCCCGUCAUACAAUAUGCUCCUCCGGCAUCCCUGGCUUUCCUCUCUUAUGCAGCCCCCCUCUGAACCAAGUAACACCGAUAUACCCUCAAUGUCUCUCGCUGAUGGAACCUCGGGCGAAAACACGCCCCCACUUACCGACGACCAAGAAGUUGCAGACUGGGUCAGAGAUAGGCUGGAGAAACGCCAAAACGGGCUUUCAAAAGACGCGGAUAGACCAGCGUUGCACGCAGUUGCAUUGGAUGCUGUACCUGGAAGCCCACUCCUUGACGAACCUUCGAUAUCCAGUCUUUCGAUUUCGGAAUGA